UUCAUUCAUUAAGCCACCUUUCUAUAGCUUAUACAAGAUUCAGUUAUUUUCAUGGCCUCCUCAUUCUUCGCCAACACUCCAAACCAGUACCUUCCUUUCAAUGAAAAUGAUUCCCAAGAGAUGGUUCUCUUUGGAAUGCUGGCUGAGUCCUCUUACGGUGACGAGGAUUCCUCACAUCAGACCACCUCCAUUCCAGCUGACAAGAUUAGCUACAGAGGGGUACGUGCACGGAGUUGGGGGAAGUACGCAGCUGAGAUAAGGGAUUCCACAAGGAAUGGCGUUAGGGUUUGGUUGGGUACGUUCGAUACUGCCGAGGAAGCCGCUUUGGCGUAUGACCAAGCCGCAUUUGCUGCCAGGGGUUCAAUGGCGGUUCUUAACUUCCCUGUAGAAACAGUUUACGAGUCCCUUCAAGCAAUGGAUUAUAGGUUUGAGGAAGGGAGUUCACCUGUUCUGGCACUCAAGAGGAGUCACUCCAUGAGAAGAAAAGCUGUGAUUAAAGAGAAGAAAAGGAAAGAGAUGAAGUUAGCUGAUGAUUAUAAUAAGGAUGUAUUGGUGUUGGAGGAUUUGGGUGCUGAUUACUUGGAGGAAAUUUUGAGUUUGUCUGAAAGUUCUGGUUCUUGGUGAUGGAACAGAAAGAUGUAGUUAGAGAUGAUCAGAAGUUAAUAUAUUAAGCUGAGUGUGUGUAUAUUAUGUCGG